AUCUUCAUUUCUAUUCCUGUUAUAUCUUAUUCCCAGCUGCCCCCUUGUCUUUUCUCUCUCAGCUAUUCCUAUUGAAGAUAAAUGAGAGAUUGUUUGACAGAAGUCCAUUUUCCAUGGUCUAAUAUUUUCUUUUUGCAAAGCUAGUUGGGUUGUUGUGGCUGGUUGCACUUGUUGUUUUGCUUAUGCUUAUGUUGAGUAAUUUGAGACCCAUGUAUGCAUCCUUUUUAUAAAGGAGAGUUCUUUUGUAAAGCAAUUCCUGUCUUUAGGAAGAGAAUUUAAUCAGUCACAUCCUUAUAUAUCUUUAUGUUGAAGUAAAAGAUCAAUUAUUCAGCUGAAUAGAUACUUAAGGUGUGAUUGAUGGAGCUUAAUUAUAAAUAAAUGAUCAGGAAGGUGGUAUUGAUGCAAUUAAAUCUGUUUGAUGUCAUUGCACUAAAUCAAAAUGUACCUGUAGAAAUAGGAUAGGGAUUGGGGGUAGGUGCUUGGUUGACCCAGAAUUUUAUAUGUUUUAUGUCUGAUUAAAAAUCUAUGUUUCAGGAUUUAGUACUUCAUGAGUCUUUUUCAGAUCGAACAAAAGCUCUGUUUCUUUAUUUAGUUGGCUAGUUUUAGUUAAUGUAAUAAACACUUUAUCUAAUUAUUUUGGUGGGACUAGCAUUGGUUCAUUGAUCCUUUUAAUUUCAAUAUGGAGUAAAGUUUAUCACUUUAAGUACUUGGGACAUUUUCAGAUGGUUUUAGUAAAAUUGGCAAUGCUCAAAUAUGAACCAAUAAUUUUUAUGGUCUUUUCUUUAGAAAUAAUUAGUUUCAAUUGUUGUACCUUAAUUCAAGGUUCGCCGUAUCGUACCGUACCGGCAUUUCGACCCGGGCUCGGUACCGGUACGGUACGGGGCUCGGUACCGGUACGGUACGGUAUACCGCUCGGUACACCCAGCAAUGUUACUGUACAUUGCUACAGUACUCGGUACGGUACGGGCGCGGUCCACGUACCGCUGGCCUGUCGGACCGGUACGUACCGCCCGUACCGGGCGGUACAGUCCGGUACGGCAAACCUUGCCUUAAUUUCUAGCACUUGUGUGCUUGUAUGUGCAAACGGUGGGCUAGGAGGUCGAUCGGAAGCAGCCCAUCACAUUGGCGCCUAGAUGUUGUGCUAAGUAGGCAAGAGUUUUCUCAUUACUUUGGAUCAAUAGGUGUAAAGAAGUUAGUCUAAGAACAAAGGGCUAGGUUAGCAUCUUGAAAUAUAAGUACACUUUCAGGGAAGGGAUUAGAAUUAGUAAAUACUAUGAUCAAAAGAAGAAUAAAUAUUAUUUGCUUACAAGAGACUAAGUCGGUAGGAGAAAAAUCUAGAGAGAUUGAUUGUAUUGGAUUUAAAAUUUUGUAUACUAUGAAAGUUAAAUACAGAAAUGGUGUAGGAAUUAUUCUUGAUAAGGAUUUAACAAUGUUAUAUAUGUAAAAAAAAUUAAAGAUAGAAUUAUAGUUCUAAAAUUUGUGAAGGGACAAGAUGUUUUAAAUGUCAUUAGUGUUUAUACCCCUUAAUUCGGAUUACAUGAUCAAACGAAAAGAAAAUUUUGGGAAAGUUUAGAUGAUAUCAUUCAAGGAAUACCUAUAAUCGAAAAAUUUAUAAUUGGAGGAGAUUUAAAUGGUUGUGUAGGGAAAACAUAUGGUGAAGAUAAAUGGGUGUAUCAGGGCUUUGGUUAUGGGAAGAGAAAUUUAGAUGGUGGUAUGAUUUUGGAAUUUGUAGCUUCGUAUGAUCUUAUAAUUGUAAAUACUUACUUUGAAAAGAGAGAUGAACAUUUGGUCACUUAUAACAAUGAUCACAACUGUAGUCAAAUAGACUUUCUCACUAGAAAGGUAGACAAGUUAUUAGUAGGAAUUGUAAAAGUGUAUUUAACGAAAAUUUAACAAAUCACUGGAGAUUGAUGGCAUUAGAUAUUUAUUGUAAAAAAUGAAAGAAGAAAAAGAGUAGAAAAUUUUACUAGAACUAGAUCAUGGAAUUUUAAAGAUGAUAGUGUAAAGAAUUUUAAGAAUAGGAUAGAAAGGGAGGCGACUUGGAACUUAGAUGAGGAUAAUAUUAAUAUUAUUUGGACUAUGAUGGCUAAUAAGAUUAGGUUUUUAAUAAAGGAGAUUCCUAGUAAAACUAAAGAUAGAAGUGUUACCUUAAGAGAGAGUUGGUGGUGGUACAAGAAAGUUCAAAAAGUAAUUUUUACUAAAAGAUCAUGUUUUAAGAUUGUUAAAAUUAUAAAAAUGGGGAGAAAUUUAAAAGAUAUAAAGAAUCUAGAAAAGAUGCUAAAAAAGAAGUUAGUAUGACAAAAUAUAAAGUUUAUGAUAAUUUUUAUAAUAAAUUAGGUGCUAAAGAUAGUGAAAAAGAUAUAUAUCAAAUUGCUAAAGUCAGGGAAAGAAAGUGUAAGGAUUUAGGUAAUAUUAGAUGCAUUAAAGAUGAAGAUCAAAGAAUACUUAUUAAUAAUGACGAAACUAAGAAAAGUUAAAAAAAGUUAUCUUUAUAAAUUGUUUAAUGCAUAUUCCCACAAGACUUAAAUUUAACGAUAAAUAAUAGUGUUAGAUUAAUAAUCAUAUAUUUGUUCGUAAAAUUUGAGCUUAUGAAGCAAAAAACACAUUGAAGAAAAUAAAAAUAACUAAGAGUGUGGGAUCUGAUGGUGUCUCUAUUGAGGUCCGAAAAAGUUUAGGGGACAAAAGAGUAGCUUGGUAAACUAACUUAUUUAACUAAAUUAUAAGUUUAAAAAAGAUGUUCGAUGAAUGGAGAAAAGUUUUUUAGUGCAAAUUUACAAGAAUAAGGAUGAUAUAGAAAGUUAUUCAAAUUAUAGAGGAAUUAAAAUGAUAAAAUCAUGAGCCAUACUAUGAAAAUUUGGGAAAGAGUUAUCAAAAGUAGGAUAAGGCUUGAAACAAAUAUCUCUGAAAAUCAAUUUGGUUUUAUGCUUAAAAGAUUAACCAUAGAAGCUAUUUAUUUAUUAAGAUAAUUAAUGAAAAAGAAUAGGGAGAAAAAGAAAGAUUUGCAUAUGAUUUUUAUUUACUUAGAGAAGGCCUAUGAUAUGGUUCCUAGAGAUUUAUUGUGGUGGGUUGUAGAAAAGAAAGGUGUAUCCACUAAUUAUAUUGAUGUUAUUAAAGAUAUGUAUGAUAAUGUAGCUACUAGUGUUAUAACUAUAGGAAGUGUGUCCAGUGAGAUUCCUAUAAACAUAAGAUUACAUUAAGGAUCUACAUUGAGUCCAUCAAUGAACUUACUAGUCAUUUACAUGAUAAACCUCCCCGAUAUACGUUAUUUGCUAAUAAUAUUGUCUUAGUUGAUGAGAGUCUAAGUAAAAUUAAUUAUAAAAUUAAGCUAAUGGAGGCAAUCCAUGGAAACUAAAGGUUUUAGAUUAAGUAAGACGAAAACUGAACAUAUGAGAUGCAAUUUUAGUUAUCAUAGGAAUAGACCGAAGAAUAUAGUUAAGUUUGAUAGACAAGAAGUUAUGUUAAGUAAGAGCUUUAGGUAUCUUGGAUCAAUUAUUCAACAAGAUGAAGAGAUCGAUUAAGAUAUAAUUCACAGAGCAAAAACAAGAUGGUUAAAAUGGUAAGAGGCGUCAGGAGUGUGAUCAUUGUUUAUUUUUUAGAUUAAAAGAAAAAUUUUAUAUGAUAGUUGUGAGACUAACAAUGUUUUAUUGAUCUGAGUGGUAGGUAGUUAAGAAACAACAUAUACAAAAAGUUUGUAUUGCUGAGAUGAGAAUGUUGAAAUGAAUGUGUAGAGUUAAUAAGGAAAGAUAGAAAAAGAAUUAUUGUUACAUGUGAAGAACUAGGUAUCGCUUCGAUAGAGGAGAUGAGAGAAAACUAUUUAAGAUGGUGUAGACAUGUGCAUAGGAGAUCUCCGGAUGUGAUAGUUAGAAGAGAUGAAAUGAUUAAUGCAAGUGGUACAAGGAGAGAUAAAGGAAGACCUAAAAAGACUUUAACAGAAACUAUAAAUAAAUAUUUAAGUAUUCUAAACUUAACUAAGUAUAUAUCUUUUUACAUUUCUCAAUGACAGCAAAAGAUCCAUGUAGUCGGUCCCAAAUAAUUGGGACUUACGGUUUUGUUGUUGUCGUUGUUGUGUGCUUGUAUGUUGUACUGGAUUUCACAUACUACAGUUCAAGUCUAUGACAUUCAUGAGAUGCCAUGCUGCCUGAAUGUUGUGUUAGUCUUAGACGUGACAAAAGAAAUGAUGUGAGACAUGCUGUAACUGUGUCAUGUACCUUACCUACCAAGGCACUUGGCAUGGGCACAUCAAGAUUUGAAAUAAUGUUUUUAGCAGGUGUAUAUCAUGUCAAUAAUCAAGUGGUACAUCGGCAGCAUGGGACGCUUGAAUCUUUGAAUGCGACUAAAAUUCCUGUAGGGAUCCUUUGUUCUGCAACUUUUGACUGAUUUAAAAUUUUAAUAUAUUCAUAUAUGUAUAUGUUAAUUGUUACUUCACAUGAUAGAAUUGUUUUAUUGAUCUUAGAAAAUGUGAUAGCCAUUUGUCAUUGUAGUCAGACAGAAAAUAAAGUAUUAAUCUUUACAUCCUAAUAUUCACUGAAAUUAUUGAGAUCUUCCGAGGCUUUAUCUUUUUGUUUGUUCCUAUGAAAUUUUGUCCUUUAUGCAGACUUUGUACCAAGUAUUGGGAUAGUCCUGAGUUCUGUAGUUGUGUUUAAAAGGUUUUGCAGAGUGCAAGGGUAUGUAAAAGAAGGGAAAAAAGAAAAGAAAAAACACUUGUUUGCAACUCUAAUCAUGCUAUAUUGCACAAAGUUCAGGAUAUGUUGGCUGUUGGAAAUUGACUGUUGGAAAUUGAAGUACCUUAUCUUUACACCAGAUUUCUUGAAAUUGUACAGAGAAUAUGACAAGCUCGAUGAUUUCAUCUUUAAGAGUAAUUUGCCAUAUAGUUGCAACAGUCUGCAUGUUUCUUGCUUCCAAGGCAGACGAGACACCUUGUGGUUUGGACAGGAUUGUUGUUGUGGCAUAUGAGACAAUGCACAAAAGAGAUCCUGCUUCUGCACGGAGAGUUCACCAGAAAGAUUUUUUUGAGAAGCAAAAGGCUUUGAUAUUGAUUGGGGAGAGAUUGCUUCUAUCAACACUUCGGUUUGAUUUCAAUAUUCAACAUCCUUAUAGACCACUUCUAAAUGCUCUAAAGAAACUUGGGAUUACUCAGAAGGAAGUAAGACAAGUAGCAUGGAACUAUGUGAAUGACUGGCUUUGGACGACAUUGUGCCUGCAAUAUGAACCCCAUUACAUUGCAGCUGGUUCCCUCUUUCUUGCUGCUAAGCUUCAUAAUGUAAGGCUUCCUUCAGAGAAGGGGGGUUAUGUCUGGUGGCAUGAAUUUGACAUCAACCCUCAGCAAUUAGAUGUGGUGAUUCAACAAAUGAAGCAGCUUUUGGGAUUCAAUAGAAGGACCUCUGUUAUUCAACCUUCUAUUGCAACCAACAAAGAUGUAUAUAGCAGCCCAGAUUCGGUUUUGAAUAGGCCAGAAUCCUCCAGAAGCAGCUCAAUUCAGGAACCUGAUGUAGAUAUAACCACUCAUAAACCUGUGGAUUCUACCGAUCAUGACCUGACAAACAUCUCGAUUGCAGAGAAAGAAAAGAGUUCAACGGAGUAUAGAACAGAACAGCGCCAGACGAGGGUUUCUGAAAACCCAAUUGCUGUUGCUGAGCAUAAUGAGACUCUGGGGAGGAAUGUGGACCGAGCAGUGUCGAAACCAGAUCAUACUCGAGUUGGGUUUGGUAAAAUUGAUAUGGAUAGAAUCAAGGCAACUAUUAAGAAGAGGAAGAAGGAAAUAGAGUUGAAUAAGCUGGCUGCGAAUGUUGAUUCCACUGAAGAUGCUUGGAUUGAGAGAGAAUUAGAAGUUGGGAUGGAGCUGGAAGCUGAAUCUGCAAAGAAACAGAAGCUUGCUUGGGCGAUGAAUUGAUAAUUGGACAAACCCAGUACACGAGGAGGUUGUCUUCAAGACUCAAACCUGGAUCAUCCAGUUCGCCAAAGAGGAAUUAAUUAGUGCGCUAAUAUACAACUGGUCAGUCAUCUUCAUUGUCCCAAGUUGUCUGGUCGGAAAGGCCCCAGUCUGUGUUGAUUUAUCUGUUCAUAUUUCAUUGUUACUACAUGUUACUCGCAAGCACUGCUGCUAUACAAUCCAAAUCUUACCGCAGUUGCUGAAAUCAUGUGAAGGGUGUAUACAUAAAACUUAGCGGCUAAACGAGUUUUUCUCUUUUUCGGGUGA